AUGACAGACGGUGGCUACUUUUCUCAUGCUCUGGCCGCACUCGGUGCUGCGCUGCAAGGCUCUCCUUACCGCGUGGCUCUUUGGCUGCAUGCAAACCGUACACUUACUGCUACCUUGGCCAUCAACAACAGAAGACUUCGAGAAUUGAAAGCGCAUAUAGCAUGGCCACUGAUUGAGACGGCCGCCGUCAUGAGCAGUGAUCUGGUCUUAUGGAGACGUGCUAACAUCGCUCGCGGAUUCCCUGAAACGGUGGCUUCUAUUACCAGAAUUAUGAAUGGCAAGAAACUAAUCUGA